AUGUAUAAGUGGCUCAUCUUUGUUGGUCUCGUUUUGGCUGUGAGCUGCAAGCGACCGCCGAACUGUGACAUUUGCGAGGAGCAAAUGGAGCAAGUCGUGAAGGCGAUGGGUGGUGAUUGGGAGAAGCUCGAUGAGGGGAAAUUAAAGAAGAAGAUGAUUAAGGAAUGUAUCGAUGAAGAUUUUGAUGAAGAUGAAUGCGAGGAAGGAUUUGCCGUUUUCAAACCCGAACUCGACAUAUUGACUGGAGGAGCGAAAGCGGGCAAAAAAGCCGCACAAAUCUGUCGAGACAUGGUGAAAUGCGAGAAGAGAGAGAGUCACAAAGAUCGAGAGGAUAAAGAGGAUGGAGAGGAUAAAGAGGAUAAAGAGGAUAAAGAGGAUAAAGAGGAUCGAGAGGAUAAAGAGGAUGGAGAGGAUAAAGAGGAUCGAAAGGAUAAAGAU